GGCGAGGGAGCAUUGAAGAGGGGAGAGGAUAGAGAGGCAGAGGAUCAGAGCCGCCAGAUUCAUUGCUCCUCCGGCUCCUCACGGCGGCUCUACGUGCGUCAAUGGAGUGUCAGUUUCGUAAUUUGGUGGCUACUUCAGGUCGCGCAAUGGAAAUGAGACGAAAACCGACUUCAAGGUGCAUUUCUGGCAUUGGCAUAAACUUCAGUGUAUGAAAUGAUUCCACCCCUGAACAUGGGGGUGCAAAGUGAAAUUUCCCAAGAGAGAAGCGUUAUCUGGUUCAGCUAAGAAGUGGAUGAGGCAGGAGAUCAAAUGUUCAUUGCUCCCCUCAAUCUUCGCUGCCAUGGCGGUGGUGAUGAGAGUGAACGUUCCGCCAUUAAAGCAGCUCAGCAUCCGGCGAAGUUCUCCGAUGCUGCCACGGGUUUCACAUCAGAAGCCUCACUUGUCGCUGAAGCCACUCUGCUGCAGCUCCACAUUUCAAGAACAGGGUUGGUCUUUGUUUCUGGUUAUUCGGUUGGGAGAAGACUGAGCCAGGAAUCACGUGUGAACCUUGCAAUGGCAAAGGGUGGUUGGUCUGCGACUUCUGUAAGGGACAGAAGACCAACAUCAAAGCCGAGAACAAGCGAAUCUACCGCCGGUGUCCUUCCUGCAGAGCGAUCGGUUAUGUCCUGUGUACAAGCUGCAAGGUGUUCAAAUGUGUCACAUUCCCGAACUAUGAAGACGGAGCAGAGCUAUCGCUCUGAAUGCAUUCCUCGCCUCCUCGUGCUAAUCUUAUGCAGUGAAGAACUGUUCUUGUUCAUAUCAUGCUUUUGAAGGCCACUCUCAUUCCCCUUUCUUAGGCGUAGCGUGUUUACUUAGCUGCUGCUGUACAUGUAAGUCAAUUUAUGUGUGUGCAAUAUUGCAUAAUUUAACAUCACCUGAAUAAAUCAUUUUCUAUGGUGUUUGCGUUUUUAAAGACAA